AUGUCGUUCGACUUCGAUCUGACCGCACCGUUCCAGACUGCGUUCACAACUCGGGAUCAGCACGAGCAUCGGCAUAAAGUUAGACCUGUUCAGGUGAGGAAGCCACGUCAUCUUGCGGUAGAGCGCACUUUCAAACUUGCAGAUCAUCGCCCCGUCAAGCACACAACCGGGCAAGUUUCGCCUCAACGAGAGUGCUCUAAACUCGGUGCUCGGCCAUUCGGCAUGCGCGAACAAAAAAGUGAGUUGGAUUGUGAAUGUAUGA